AUGGGGCAUGGUAAUCUGGGGUCAGUCACCGGCGACAAGGCGGCACGCUUGGCAGGGCCAGUCCAUCGCGCAUCGGACGUCGCCGAGCCAAGCAGCACAACCUCCGCCGCACCUACAGAACUCGCUACCCAUGUCCCGGCCGGCCAGCCGGGAGCAUCACCCGUCGAACUCCCGGUCGCGAACGCUGGCCCGCCGCACAUGCCACCACACCAACCACCUCCCUACUCAAGCCCGUCAGACAGGUCACUAGAUCCGCAGGCUUGUUCCCGACCGGCCCGCGACCCGCAGUACUACCCCGGUCUUCCUGUGCUGGACUAUCGCCAGUACCUACCCCCCAUGUUUGAGAUAUCCGCCGACACUACCACCAUCACCACCAAGGCCAGCUACCUCUCCGAGAACGCGAAGGCUCUGGCGACUCUGCUGCGGUCCCUGGCCGCUGUACCCCCGAAGCCCCAGAUUCUCAUUCAGGGCCAGCGUGGGAGCAAGGUUGACUUUAGCCUCAAGCUGAACUUGAUGAAUCUGCUGGUUCCCAGCGGUCAGAAGGAGCGCUUCGACUACCUCCGAUGUGUCGGGAGGGACGAGAUCGCACUGCGCGGUGGCAGCGAGCCGGGGUUGAGGCCUGACGUCGGCUCGGAUAACGAGCUCGAGGAGUGGUGUGAGCGGUUCGUCGCGGACGAGACGAGGAUCAAGUCGUUCACGCUCGAGCGAGUUGUGGCGAACCUCGACACGAACUGGAUCGAGGGGCAGACACGGGGCCUCGUGGCAGCGACCGGAUACAAUGGACAAGUGACGGUGCAGUUCCCAGUGACGCACGCGCGCGUCGUCAUCCAGAAUCCGGACAGGCACAACAAGUUCCUGAAGGGCGUGACGGCGCUAUUCACGGGCAGGAGCAAGUACGAGGUUGUCAAGGCCGUCUGGCCCUUCGCCACGGGCCGCAAUGGCGAGCCCGGCCGCCGCUGCCUCGUCCAGAGCGAGCAGACCUGGUGGGAAGAGUGGCGCGACCCAGUCAAGCACGCCAUCGCGACGAAGCGCCUCGGCUGGGUCACCAACGAGGACAAGCUCGAGUGCAUCAUGGAGGGCAAGGCGAAGGGCGUCUCCCUCAUCGACUGGGGCCCCGAACUGUAG